CCUUCCGGACGGAGGCAGGAGGUGCGGCGGCGCCACCGCGCCACCAACUCAUCCGAAACUUGUGCGCAGUGGUGGGCGCAGCCGCGGAGGAUGGGGUGGUGCGGCCGCCGCUCGGGGCCGCCGCCGUCGCCGCUGCUGCUGCUGCUGCUGCUGGCGCUGCCCGGGGUUCGCGCGGCCCCGCGCUCGGCGCUCUACUUGCCCUCCGACCCGCUGACGCUGCUGCAGGCGGACACCGUGCGGGGCGCCGUGCUGGGCUCCCGCAGCGCCUGGGCCGUGGAGUUCUUCGCCUCCUGGUGCGGCCACUGCAUCGCCUUCGCCCCGACGUGGAAGGCGCUGGCCAACGACGUCAAAGACUGGAGGCCGGCGCUGACUCUCGCUGCCCUGGACUGUGCUGACGAGACCAACAGCGCCGUCUGCAGAGACUUCAACAUCCUCGGCUUCCCGACUGUGAGGUUCUUCAAGGCCUUUUCCAAGAAUGGUCCGGGGACAACACUGCCAGUGGCUGGUGCUGAUGUGCAGACACUGCGGGAGAGGCUCAUUGACGCACUGGAAUCUCAUAGUGACACGUGGCCCCCUGCCUGUCCCCCACUGGAGCCUGCCAGGCUGGAGGAGAUUAAUGGGUUCUUUGCAAGAAACGAUGAAGAGUACCUGGCCCUGAUCUUUGAAAAGGAAGGCUCCUACCUGGGUAGAGAGGUGACGCUGGAUCUGUCCCAGCGCCAAGGCCUUGCAGUGCGCAGGGUCCUGAACACGGAGAGCGACGUGGUGAACGAGUUUGGUGUCACCGACUUCCCAUCUUGCUACCUGCUGUUUCGGAAUGGCUCUCUGUCCCGGGUUCCCGUGCUUGUGGAAUCCAGGUCCUUCUACACCGCUUACCUGCAGAGGCUCGCCGGGGCCACCCGGGAGUCUGCCCGCACCACAGUCGCACCAACCACUGCUAAUACGAUAGCUCCCACCGUGUGGAAAGUUGCCGAUCGCUCCAAGAUCUACAUGGCUGACCUGGAAUCCGCACUACACUACAUCCUCCGGGUAGAAGUGGGCAAGUUUUCUGUCCUGGAGGGGCAGCGCCUGGUGGCCCUGAAAAAGUUUAUGGCAGUGCUGGCUCAGUACUUCCCUGGCCAGCCCUUAGUCCAGAACUUCCUACACUCAAUGAACGACUGGCUCAAGAGGCAGCAGAGAAAGAAAAUACCCUACGGCUUCUUUCAAACUGCCCUGGAAAGCAGGAAUGAGGGCGCUGUGAUUGCCAAGAAGGUGAACUGGGUCGGCUGCCAGGGGAGCGAGCCGCACUUCCGGGGCUUCCCCUGCUCCCUGUGGGUCCUCUUCCACUUCCUGACCGUGCAGGCAGCUCGGCAGAAUGCAGACCACGCACAGGAAGCAGCCAAGGCUCAGGAAGUCCUCCAGGCCAUCCGGGGCUACAUUCGCUACUUCUUCGGCUGCCAAGACUGUGCUGACCACUUUGAGCAGAUGGCUGCUGCCUCCAUGCACCGGGUGGGGAGUCUGGACAGCGCUGUUCUCUGGCUCUGGUCCAGCCACAACAAGGUCAAUACUCGCCUCGCAGGUGCCCCCAGCGAGGACCCCCAGUUCCCCAAGGUGCAGUGGCCGCCCCGUGAGCUCUGUUCCGCCUGCCACAAUGAACUCCGGGGGACGCCAGUGUGGGACCUGGGCAACAUCCUCAGCUUCUUCAAGACCCACUUCUCGCGGAGCAAUGUGGUCGUGGACCGUCCUUCACGUGGGCCGGGCCCGCGGAGGGGCGCGCAGAGGAUGGCUGCCACACGGCAGCCGGAGCUGGAGACCGGAAAUUCUACGCUGGGCCCUGACAAGGCUGAGCUCAUGGUGGGUCCAGAGACAAAGUCCCCCGGGAAGAUCGUCCUGGAUGCUGUAGCGGAGAGACUCGAGGACAGCAUCCUGCAGGAGAUGCAGGCUGGCCCCAGUCUGACCGGAGCUGAGCUAGACCAGGGAUCUCUCGAGCACAUAGCAGAGCUUCAGAGGGAUCAGCUGGAGCAGCCGAAAGGGCAGCGACCCUUGACCAAGCGCGACACAGGAGCCGCUGGAUUCCUGGCUGAGUUCCUGGCUGAGAAGAGCUUCCCCAGAGGCCCUUCAGAGCUGAGACGAGUGGGCCGCAGCUCCAAGCAGCUGGUUGGUGUCCCCGAGGGGGAGCCAGAGGCUGGGGCCCUGCAGGGCCGAGGCCAGUGGCUGCAGGUGCUGGAAGGGGACUUCUCCCACCUGGACAUCAGCCUCUGUGUGGUGCUGUACUCCCUGUCCUUUAUGGGCCUGCUGGCCGUGUACACCUUCUUCCGGGCCAGGAUGAGGGCCCUGAAGGGCCAUGCUAGCCACCCCGCAGCCUAAACCGGCCACCUUGGGAGAACAGCAGGAAAGGCAGCUGUUAUCCUUGGCGCCCUUCCAGCCCCCUGCCCCCUCCGCUCCUCCCUCACUCCUUGUCCAGGGUAAUCCAGGAAAACCAGCUGCUCCAGGGAACCUCCUUGGGCCUUCUGGAAGGAGUGUUCCACAGAUACGAAGAUGUGCACAGGGCCCAGGUUCAUCUGACCACACGGGAAGGAAAGCCUUGGGCAGAGAGGGUGGGAGGCCCAGCCUCUGACCUCUCAGCGCCAAAUCCCUCUUUUUCAGCUUAUUUGAAGCCCUGCCUCACUUUUGCUGAAGCUGCCGUGUCUCCUGCUUGGUCUUGGCCCUAAAUUAGGACAAGUGAGCCUCAGUUUCCAAGGCUCCCAUCCAGAGGAGGGGUCCCCAGGCUGAGUGGGCUGGAGUGGAACCCCUCACUACAUUCCAGGGCUCCGUCCAUCCCGCUCCCUUCUGGAUAUGAAGAGGCCGUCACACCAGAGAAGGAAGGACUGCCUCUGGCCCUCGGUGGCCUGCUUAUCCUCCAGCGCCCCAGACCUCCUGCGUGGGGUUUGGCUUUAGGGUAGAGUCUGGAAGCUUCUGGAAGUCAUGCUGGCCUCCCAGGUGAGGUUUGCGGGAGGAGAGCCUCUGGGUGGCUCCUUCCCAAACCUCUGCUACAGGAAGUGCACAGGUUGGGAUUGGUGCAGGUGUGCCCAGCCAGGUGGGUGAUGGUCACUGGGCUGGGGGGUGAGUGGCUGGCUCUGCAGGACCUGAUGUGGGGGUAGUGUGGGAUUUAGGAGGGCUGUUGGGAUCUAUAGUGCCUUGCUCUGGGCUUAGCUGUGAGAGGUAGAGUGAAGACUCAGGAAAAAUAGGGUUGCUUCAAAUAUGCUUUGGCUCUUCCCCCUUGGGCUCAGCACUCUCGGAGCUGGGUCUUUGUCUUUUGAUUUUUGUCUCCAAGGUAGAUGCUAAUCUUUGAACGUGGGGGGUGCUGGAGCGAUGGGAGGGUCGUCUCUUCCGAGGGCCCACCUCCUGUCAUAUAGAGGUGAAAGGGUUGGAGGGUUGAUGCUGUACACAUGCUUGAUUUUCACUCUGCCCACUGCUUGGGAGGGCUAUGGAAUAAAUUAUUUUUGUUAAGGCAAGCA